AUGGCAUGUCUGGUGGCCUGGGACCCAAUGUUCAACCUUCGGAUCGGCGGCAUCACGGUGCUGGUGGUGGGCGUGUGGACAGUGGUGGACAAGUCGGAGUUCGAGAAGCUGCUCGGCACCGACCUGUACGUCUCGUCGGCCUACAUCCUGAUCGCCACCGGCGCCAUCGUCUCCCUGGUCGCCUUCCUGGGCUGCCUCGGCGCCGUCAAGGAGAUCAGAUGCAUGCUGCUGACGUACUUCAUCAUCCUGCUGGUGCUGUUCGUCGUGCUGCUCGUCGGCGGCAUCCUCGGCUACGUAUUCAACGAGCGCGUUGAGGACACCAUUACCACCAAGAUGACGGCUGAACUGGACGAGUACAGCACGAAACAGGGCAUCAAGGACGCGUGGGAUGCUGCACAGAGCCAGAUGAAGUGCUGCGGCGUGGACCGGCCAGAGGACUGGAAGGGCCGUGUCACCCCGCUGCCGGCCUCGUGCUGCCCCAAAGGGACGGCCGAGCCCUGCACGGAAGCCAACGCCUUCCAGAUCGGCUGCAAGGGCCGCAUCAAGGAGUUCGUCACGGCGCACGCCACCGUCAUUGGUGGCGUCGGCGUCGGCAUCGCGUGCGUCAUGCUGCUCGGUAUGAUCUUCGCCAUCGCGCUCUUCAAGAUGAUUGAGUGAGGCACGCUAAGGCCGUCGAAAGGCUGAAGCAUUCGCCGCAGCUGCGGACCGUCUUUCGUCGCAGUGGUGGUGCGUCGGCGUAUCGCGAGGAGUAUUGCAGCGUCGUUUGUUGGUGCGGACGCUCGAACCGGGAGACAGGUCACUGUUGGGAGGUCGGAGGGGUGCUGUUGGACGGUGCCAGGCGCGAGGGUAGGACGCGGACCAUACUGGAUUGUGAGAGGAAUGGGCGCAGGGGCGUCAGUAAGUCCACAACUGCCCCUCCUCGAGAGGCUUGUCUCAGGAAUGCGUCGUCCACUGGAAUGCCUUCAGAGCGGUUCG